UGAUCCGUGGCCUAUUGCAUUUGACUGUGUGCCACACCCAGUAGAAGCAGAAGAGAAGCUCCUCAGCCCAUCCGGUCCUCCACAACAUUUCAUCAUAUGGACUCAUGUACAGGAACAACAUCUCGAUGUACAUUUGGUGACGCGGACAUCGAGCACCACAGUCCGGUAGGGAAUUCGGCCAUUCUCUAUCCGAAAUAUCGUGUCGACCCUACGAACCACCACGGAAGCCAUCGCUCGAGGUCGGUGCCUAGUUCCUCCGGAGACUCGCUUGGCGCUCAGCAACGAGCGUUCUACGUCCUGUCUACUUCUACCCUGUCCUUGUCUUCUUGCUGCAAUUCGUCAUCAUGGACCUUAUCAGGCCACACGCUCAGGCACCGGUCGCGGAACGCUUCUGUCGACGGCACCACACGCAUCUCAUAUAAGCAAGCGGACAAGAAACCCAGCCCGCGCAACCUCUCCACCUGGCCUUCCCCACUGGUAACAACUGCCAGACAAGGGGCACCAGGACCUCUGUUCCACCGGUGACUGCCAGGGAGAACACAGUGAGUUCCAUUCCCGGCCUCCACCUGCUUAGCGAUGCCCCCCCCCCCCCCCCGACAGCUCUUUAGCAACAGCCCUUGGUGCUCGCCACUCACGUACCGGUCGCGGUACUGUCGCCCCCUCGUCCUGGAGCACACUCCGCUUCAGUCCUUCACUGGAACCCGCCCGGCUUGCAUCGCACUUGUCUGUUCCAUCAUGCAGCUGCUCUACCCACUACAAUGAUCAGAAGCCGUGUGUACAGCCGUCCCUCGUCCACGAGUCCUCAUUCUUACAUUCAUGACAUCGACGCGGACCUCAACCGCAAGCACCACUCCGCAUCUGAGGGGAGGAGUGAUGUGGCGUAGACGACGACGAUGCGACCUCGCUGCCACGCGCUACUGCGCUGGUUUGUCAGUUCUAUCGGCAACGUUCUGGAGUGAAGCCACGGGUCGAGAAGCUCCCUAGCACAUCCGGCCCUCCCGGACAUUCCAUCAUCGCCGACCUCGACUCACGUAGAGGAACAUCAUCUGCUCUAGAGGUGUCAUCGCGGAGCGAGGCUUUCGUGUCACGUUGAGAAGUACUCGGCAAUAAGGAAAGCGCGUGCUUCACAGGAGUUUAAAGAGACAGCGCAACGUCUCACAUGCCAUUUAUCACGGUGCAACAUGACAAAUGGAAAUAUGUGACUGGCGCGUUUCCCUGAAAUACGGUGAUGGACUUUACCGAAUGUUUUACAAAAAGACAGUUUUCAAUUUUUUUUUACUGCUUGCAGUUGCAAACCAUUAGUUCGAAAUUCAGAGUUACAUAUAUUCCAUAGUUCAAGCAAUGACCAUCGACUGGUGGAAGCACUUUAGGUAUCGUGCUGCUAGCAGUUUCCGUGUACUCGCACGAGCAACAUCCCCACAGAAUAUUCUAAUGGAAGAAAAUAACAAAUAACGUGUCUUAAGCUGAUCGCACCGCGCCGGAAUAUCGGCAGUGGCAUGCUGCGCACUUAGCAAACGACACUAUCGUCUGCUGCGAAAUAUAUUGUGGCUGAACUGCAGGGAAUUUUCCAUUGGUUAGAAUAGCACCAAACGCAACAGAAAUCUGACAUUUUGCAUGUCUUGCAUGACAUCUUGCACGGUUUAAGGAACAGCAAUCCGGAUGUGUCGCAAUUUAGCAACGCACUCGAACAUCACAUACAUUUUUCUUCCGAAUCGAAUAAGAAGUGUGUAGAAUCUUUUAUGUCUCUCAUGCGUCCUUUAGAAUAAGAAGAAUCUUUCAUGUCUCACGCUUUCUGUGCCGUCUUUCUGGAAAAGUGUUUGAAGAGCAUAACAAAACAUGACCCACAUCCACCCAACAUUUCCGUUAACCUAGUCAGCGUGGUAUCGAAAUCUAUCGCCGCAGCAAAAAAGCUCAGCUCCACUUUACACGAUAUUUUACUUCCCCCUCACUCGACGCGGACACUAUAUUCCAUCAUGUGUCCUCUCCUCCUCUUCAUAGUGGAGGAAUCCGGACCACCUGUCGACAGGCACGCCACCGCAACGCCUAAGCGGUCGCCCCAGCAGCGCCGGGGCCAGCUUUCGAUCGCGGCUCAGUCUCCGUGCAGACGGCCGCCUGCGUGUCACUAUGUUUCGGCCAACGGGCUACAAGGCGCUCUUGUGCUUCGCCGCGGCCGAUAACCAUCUGUCAUCUGCCAGAUGAGAAGGAGCAAAAGUGUCAUCAUUGAAAUCCCGGGAGGAGUUGCAUUAACAACUUCUGGACCGUAGUGUAUCUUUGUUUUGUGCAGUGCUUCACGAAUGGAUAUGUGUCGUGUGCCAGUGGCAUGUCACUGAGGUUGAAGAUUAAGAGUGACUUAUGCUGCACGAGCUGGGAUAUCGCAGCUGAUGUCAUCGACGCGCUGUCGGAGACGUUCAGUGCGUUUUUGAUUUUGGCGUGACGCUUCGCAGUCGGUCGUAGUGCCGUCCUUAUGUUAACCAGUUUUGCUGUGAAAUUCCUUUGGUGCUCCCCGGUGCGUAGUUGCGUGAGGUUCGUGGUGCACAUAAACCAUUCCAUAAUUACGAAAAAGUUAUAGCUAUACAUCCUAAUACUACCGUGUUGUGGUUCUUUACACGUAAGGUAUCUUUAUCGCAGACCAUUCGCUUCAGAGGUGUAGCCAGAGCUAUUAAUUUCGCUUUACUCUAUGCUUCAAAGUGCUCCAACACAACAAAGCCAGUGAUUUCGCGAUGAGCGUUGACAUGGAAAAAUCAAUGUGUUGCGUUCCGUUUUGAUGCAAUGUCCCAACGUUAACUUGCGCUUGUGUAUCGUAAUCCAUUAAUAGCAUAGACACCGCACGCAGAAAAGAUAGGUGGUUAAUAUCUCUUACGAGAACUUUCAAGUGUAUGUUCUGACACAGUCAUAUGUAGGAAGAGUUCGAGACCCUUGGUCUGUCAUAUUUUUGAGAUUGUGUUAGUUUUAAGCGCAUAAGAAGCACAGGAAAGACUUCUUCGUUCGCCUUAGCAGAUGGCCAAAAGUGAUCAGAGAAAAUGCCACUGAAGAGGACGUAACAUCUAGCGUCUGCUCAAUGCAUUGCGAGGAACCGUCGACGAUGGAGAGUUAGCCAAAUCCUCUAAGAACAAAAAAGCAGAUCGUCUACCAGUAUUCAAUGCGCUUUGAGAAACACAAAAAUCUAAACCAUGGCAAUCACCCCUUUUAUUUAGUUCGCCUUUCCAGGUGUAGUAAUCAUUUUUGCAUGCUUGACCAACCCUAGCCGUCAAACGCUAAUCUCACCACUCAAGUCUCCGCUCAACUUCUAAACUUAGUCCAGUAGGUUAGGAGUCUUUCGAACCUACGCAACAUGUCGAUGUUGGUACGAAAAGGCACAAUGCUCCAUCGCAAGGGAAGUCGAAGAGCAUCUCAACCUAACCUUCGCCGUGCGAGCAUAGCCGUUAGUAGCCUUCCACCAUCUCGAAGACAGUCCAUGGCUGUUCUCAGCGUUGCUGGACAAGGCACGUCGUACCUUACCCCUCGGCGUAGUUUGACUCCGAGCCCCAGGAACAGUUUGACGCCCAUAUCGCCAAUGGGACCACCGGGAUCCACGGACCUUCGUCUAGGUGCCAUUCGGACAGCUAGGGCAUCAGUGAGCGUACCUGGUUCGACUCGGACUUCACCUAAGCCUUCUCCAAGGACAUCUCCAAGAGUGUCACCGAGGAGCUCUUUGUCCGUGCAAGAAAGUGAGGAACGCAGGAGAUCUAGUUGCAUGAUUUCAAUCGAUGACCGGCGGAGGCUCUACGUGAAGGCCGAGGAAGAGAACAGGUACGCGUCCUAUGGCUCCGUCAGCUACCAAUUACGAGAAGCCAACGAAGAAGCCACGGGGUUUUGCGACUUCAUGUCGCGUGCACUCACCAUCGUCUCCUCUUCCGUUCUCUUCACCGCUUUCUUGGCCAUCUUCUCUGUAGUGCCCCUACUCAUGUUAAUCAUAGGUGUUCAGUACCUCGAAGAAUGUCCCAAGGAACCCAACAUCCCUCUCUACCUCUUAAUCGGUGGCGCGUUCGGCCUCAUCAAGGUGGGCACCUUACUCUACAACCAGGUCAGGCGGAGACGUUACGAGCGGCUGGACGAGGGUCUCUCCGAGGGCGACAUCGAUGAACUGUGGUCAUCAACGUCCAGCAAAAUUACCGAGUACGCCCUCACGCUUUUCCUGCUCGUCUGGUUCGGAAUGGGCAAUUACUGGGUGCUGCGUAUCUACAAGCCUCGUUACGAGCCUCUACUGCGUGAACCCAACAACUGGUGCGAUAAAACGGUCUACAUGUUCGCCAUUGGACACCUGUUGGUCUGUUACGCUGUGAUAGCAUUGUGCGUCGUUGAAGUGUUUUGUCUCGCGAUCUGUGUGCGGAUUUGUGGACUCUGUUGCAAGAAAUAGGCGACGGAGCUAGGUGUCACGCGACUCGGCGAAGAAGGUGCACUGGAUUCCGUGAAGGAUACCACGCUGGAGGAACAUGCAUGAACAUGACGAAGGAUGAAGAAAGGUGAUAAAGGCGUGGUCCGGGACGCAAUUUGUGCGUGACUGUGGACCUGAGAGAGGAUCUGGAUCGGGGACUGUGUGGAAGCCAGUGUGGAGUGCGCGGGAGAUGUUCUGUUAGGAACACUUUGCGUGAGAAAGGGAACGAUAUGAUUUGUCGACAAAGGCAAGAAUGUGCGACGAAAUACGAGGC